UCAUUCUUUUGAGAUUCCUUUUCUAUUUUCUUUCUUUGUUUUCAUUUUCAAAAGAAUGUAGAUAGCAAAUGCACCUUUAUUUGUCUUUUUAUAACCAGAUAAAAGUUUUGAGUCUUCCAAUUACAAAAGCACCUUCAGAGUGAGCUGACUUAUAUUCUCUUUAUUGUUCAAUUCCUUUACAAAGAAGACUGAAUUUGCAGAAGUGGCCAAAAAAUGAAUGAUGAGCCAGGAAUGACUAUUUUCCAAGUAGAUAUUUUUGCCAUGUGUGUAGUUGUAACUUUUUUGCAUUUCUUUUUUGAUUUUUCAGGCUAUCAAGUCAGAUGUUGCUCCUUUACUUGACAUUCGAAUGGGAGGUCCUAUCCUUAAAGGACUAAUGGAACUCUACAGAGUACGUAGUCAUUCUUGAGAAAGCCAUCACCUUUGACAAAAAUAUUUCUGAGUGUGGCUCAAGAAUGAAUGUUGCCGAGUCACUGCCAGAACAGGUUUCUGUGCUGGCUAAUCUAUCAACACUAGAACAUAUUUUCUGCAACAUUGUGAGAAAUUAAUUUCUUAGGGGGAAAUAGUGAUAUGGAUUCCAAGCUAAUAAAAAAUCUGUCAGUUCAGUUUCAACAAAAGGAACUUGAUGCUUGUAUGCUGUCUGUGCAAGAGGCUACUACUCGAUUUAGAGCUCAUUUCUGUCAGCAAUUUAUAAACAGAAUGAUGUCUCUUCAAACUGGAUCUAUUGUUAUGAAAGAAACUGAUAACAGGGUUGAGGCUAGAAUGUUUAGCAAUGCAAUGCUCUCUAUUGCCUUUCAGGUGCUAUUUAUAGAACUAAGAAAGAUGAACUUUCUGAAGAUGUCUAUGAAGUGUAUUGGUUGAUGGAACUACAAAGGGAGUUGAUGGAGUCUAUAUUUGUUUGGAUUACAAGCAACAAGGAAAUUUGGGCAAAUACAGAAGAGAAUCCACCUUUCCAACUUUCAGACAUUUUUAGUCAGUUUGUCCUGGACGUGCAUUUCCUGGUAGAAAUCGUGAGGCGUGGACGAUGCUUCUCCAAGAGAGCCACGAUUCUUGUUGCUCUCAUAGAUUCAGCCUUUAUCUCAGCUGGACUGGAAGGUAACGAUUCAGGAGUUUCUCAGAGCAAUUAUCGAUCUCUUUUGUAAAAUUUAAGCCGUAAAUAGAAGGAUCUCGGAAUUAAGGAUAAAUUUGUUCAUACAAACAAUUAUUUGUGUCUUAUCUCACUCUAUUUCUAAACUCAAAUAAACAUAAAACUAAACU